AUGGGGGAUGAGAUAACAGAGUUUGAGAUAAUGAUGAUGAAUUUAUUGUGGUUCUUUGUGAUACUCUGCUGUGUUGGCUGUAGCAGGGCCCAGGUGGAAGUGAGUUUUGUCGACACAAACCAGGUCGUCAAAGAAGGGGACCAGUUUGUUGUACGACUGCAGGCAAAGGGAACACUGACAGCAGAAUUGGUUGCCAUAGUUUCAGUUCAGAGUGACAUCGGUGAUGACUUUAUUGGAGACACGCAGGUGGCUAAGUUCAGCCCUGGCGACCAGGGCGUGGCCAACGUGACGUUCACGGUGCGUGACGACGACAUCGCAGAGGCCGAUGAGUUGUUCACUCUGUACAUGGUCCUCGCGGGAAACAUGGCCGCCAGGGUCGGGGAACCCAGUCAGUCACAAGUCAGAAUCCUCGCCAACGAUGACGCCUUUGGAGUCUUCGGCUUCCUUGGUACAUCCCCUGUUGAAGUUCAGGAGAAAACCUACACCUCUAUAGUGGAGCUGAAAAUUGGUCGAACAAAAGGAACAUUUGGAGAAGUUAUCUUGAAUUUUGUUGUAAACUCCAGUAAUUCUGAAUCUGCAGAAGAUGACCUGUUCCCCGGUAGCGGCAUCGUCCGCUUCUUGCCCACCGAGACCGAGAGUAUUCUCCAGCUGCAGAUCAAGGCAGACGAUAUUCCUGAGAAUGCAGAACACUUUACUGUGAUAUUGACAGAUUCCUCCCCCACAGCCACGAUAGACCGAUCAAAGAUCGAACUUAUCAUACAGCCAAACGACGCUCCAAUCCGAUUCUCAAAUAGUGUUUAUCGUUUCGAGGAGGGACCUGGAAAACAAACCGUUAGCAUACCUGUAUACCGAGGUAAAACCGACGAUGGCAAAUCGCAGAUCGGUUCACUGGACGGCGAUGUCGUGGUUCAAUACACAUUCACGGACAGAACUGCCCGGAAUGGUCUGGAUUUUACCGCUUACAAUGGCCAACUGUUGUUCAGGCGUGGCGAGACAGAUAAAAUAAUAACCUUUGACAUCAACGAUGACAAUUACCCAGAGAUGGAAGAAUCCUUCAUUCUUUCAUUUACGCAGAUCACUGGUGAUGCCGUUUGGGUGAUGCCGAACUCGGCAACCAUUAUAAUCAGUGCCAACGACAACCCAAAUGGAAUCAUCACAUUCAGGGCCCAAGAUUUCACAUCUGGCAAACCAGUGGUCCAGGUGAAUGAAGACACGUUCUCCAUAGCUCGAUUUCCCGUGGCGAGAAACGGCGGAACGUUUGGCGUGGUCACCGUCCAGUGGGAGAUCGUGAGAAACAGUUCCAGUCUGGACCCAGUGACACAGGAUGUGGGGCCUGAACAGGGAUCCAUCAUGUUUCAGGACGGGGUUAACAAAAAAGAUAUUGUAGUGACCAUCGUCCAGGACAAUGAUCCGGAAAUAGCCGAGCAGUUCAUCGUUAGAUUGGUGUCGGCAUCUGCGAAGGCGUCUCUGGAAGGAAUCACUGAAGCAGUGCUGUUGAUUGAAGACAGCGAUAAUGUUUACGGAUUUGUUGAGUUUUCCACUUCUCAGAACCAGAAGAUAAUCACUACGACUGAUCCAAGAUCGUUCCAACUGCAGCUGUCCCGUCAAAGCGGGCGGACAGCGAACCUCGUCAUGAACAUCACCCUGAUCUACGUGACCAGUCUGGGCGUGCAGGACACAGACAAUGUCUUAGAGCAGUCACAGAUUGAAGUCGUCAUGAACGAAAAUGAAAAUCUGGCCACGACCAAUGUGGCACUGCUGCAGACAGCAUUUCUGCAUAUUGGUUCAUAUUUCAAGGCCAUGUUAACCAGUGUUGUGCUGGAAACAGAACCUGAAUAUGGGUUUUACAACACCCCAAAGCUGAAUGCGCGAACUCAGGUAACCGUACCUGUGACUGCAGCUGAGGCCAACGGUGAGAUUGGGUUCUACAAUAUCUCUGGCAUCAUAGUGGACGAACCGGAGACAGGCAUACUUCAGGUUCCAUUAAGACUUUCCCGAGAAGGUUAUAGUGAGACGGCCAACAUAAAAUGGAUUCUUUCUGGAUAUUAUGCCUCUGCUGCCGCGGUAACCAUGGAUGACGUCAUGCAGAUGUCUGGCACCGUCAUUCUGUCAUCUGGUAUCUCUGAGAUAGACUUGAUAAUAUAUGUAAAGGCAGACAACAUCCCCGAACUGGACGAAGUGAUGACCAUCACACUGGUCAGUGUGACACCAUUAAACACUCAGCGGCUGCGUCCCGGGGCCACAGUGGCCAACAUCACUGUCCGAGCUAACGACAAUCCGGCCGGAGUAUUCCAGUUCCUGCCUAGUAUGAGAAUUCAGUACGCCAUCAAGGAGAAUUCUGAGUCACUCACGGUUACCGUGGUGAGAACGGGGGGAAACUUGCUGAUGAAAGAAGUACAGUACAAGGUGGUGCCGGACGGAGAUAAAGAAUUCUACGGUGGAACAAAUGUCCUAAGAUUUGAACCGGGAGUCAGCAGCAUGUCAGCCACACUGUUAGCUAGGGGUGAUGGAAUACCAGAGAUUGAUGAAGACUUCUCACUUUUGCUUGUUCCAUUUGGUGACGAUGACCCAGCAGUUAUUGGUGAGAAGAACAAUAUCACAAUCACUGUGUUGGCCAACGAUGAUCCGUAUGGCAUCAUUCAAUUCAAGUUAGAUCCAACCAUCGUGUAUAUUGCUGAAAGUACGGAGACGAAGAAGCACACCGUGGACAUCCAGGUUGAGAGACACCGCGGCACAUUUGGGACGGUUAGCGUCAUCUGGACGCUGUCCCGAGGAGCGGAAGCUGACCUGACGCCAACAACCGGGAAACUGACCUUUUAUCAGGGAGAAUCACAGAAGGCCAUCACUCUUGAGUCGAAGCAGGAUGAUAUUCCUGAGAUAGACGAGAGAUACAAAGUAGAGCUAAGUCCACCAUUCGGAGGCGCUCGAUCGGGACUUCCGAGAAUGGCGACAGUCAUCAUCAAGGAAAAUGAUAACCCAAUCGAAUUCACAACAAAUCUGGUCUAUGCUCAUGAACCUGAGACUGUGGUGCUGACCAUCAAGCGAAGGGGCAUGUUGUACAAGUCAGCGUACGUCCACUAUCGGACUCUGGAUGGGUCAGCCUCGUCUCUGACCGGAGACUACCAGGAGAUAGCCGACACUCAGAUGACCUUCGGUACUCAGAAGGACACCAAGACGAUAGCCGUGUCCAUCCUCAAUGAUGACUUGCCAGAAGGAAAUGAAACAUUCUCUGUACAGCUCUUCGAUACUGGAGGUGAUUUUAUCUUCAAUAACAACUCAAAGGUGACCAUUGUGAUUCUGAGUAAUGAUGAUGCUUACGGAGUUUUCCACUUUGCUGACCCUCUACAGAAAGAAGCUGAGGAGGGGAACACGAUCUAUUUUGAUGCCAAAGAUCUACCAGACGAGGUUCGAGUCAACGGGAUUCAACUGUAUAUGCUAAGUGCCAAAGAUCUACCAGACGAGGUUCGAGUCAACGGGAUUCAACUGUAUAUGCUAAGUGCCAAAGAUCUACCAGACGAGGUUCGAGUCAACGGGAUUCAACUGUAUAUGCUAAGUGCCAAAGAUCUACCAGACGAGGUUCGAGUCAACGGGAUUCAACUUAUAAUGCGAGAUCGAGGAACGUAUGGCGAAAUGGAUCUUUCCUGGGAAGUCCGAGACUUCUUGACCAAUCGUCCAGUGCCUGAGAGGACAGAGUUCGCGAAGUCAAGCGGAGUUAUUCGAUUUAAACCACGGAUCGGGAAAUAUCCUCUGGCCAUUCGCCCUUUGCCUGACAAUGUACCAGAGAGUGACAAGAGAUACAAAAUUGUUCUCACAGGAAUAAAAGUUGUGGUUGGCAGAACGGACGUUGUACUUGGUAGGCUUGAUACAACAAAGACAGAGGCUUCCUUACUGGUCAAAGCCAGCGACGAGCCGUAUGGUAGAUUUGCGUUUCCACCUAACUCGCGGGAAAAGAGCAUCGCAGAAGACUUUGUUCCAGGACAGGAGGAGACAACCAAGGCGACGUUUACAGUUGAAAGGUGGCAAGGCUCCAUUGGUAGAGUUGAGGUCUUGUGGGACACAUUUUCUGACAGAAUGGGAGGCAACCCACCAAAGCUGAUAGACUUGAUGUUCGUCGGGAUUCGGCCAGCAUCGCUAACUACAGUCCCAACCAAGAGAAGACCCUCCACUGGAACAAAUGUCUACUUAUUUACUGGCUCACCAAGAGACUACAUCACUGUCCCUAGUCAGAACCAGCCUUCGGCCAAUGACAUCAGGAGUGGCUUCAGUCUCAGUGCCUGGCUUCAGCCGAUGACGUCGUCCAACGGGUACAUCAUCGCCAAGACAAACGGCGAUACAUACCACAGCUACAGCCUCAAGUUGACCACCACGCCCUUUCAGACAACAUUCCAGCUGACCUUCUCCACGGCUGAACAGGAGAAUCAUGUAAUUCCCUUCUCGGUAACCAAAAACAUCCAAGAUGGCGGCUGGCAUCAUGUUCUGGUUUCUGUGGUGAAUGCUACAAUGAAUGCUUACCUGGAUGGGAAGAGUAUCUUCACUAGCAACCUGGUAGGCAACUAUGUGGAGGAUGUGUCAGGGGAGCUGCUAGUCGGGGCUAACGCUCGGGGAACCGACAGGUUUACGGGAUACAUGCAGGAUGUCCGCAUUUUCCUCCGCAGCCUGGAGCAGAAGGAGGUAGAGGAACUUUAUCAGACCCCGGCUAAGGAGGACAUCAGCCCUACAUCGGGUAUUCUCGUCUAUAAUCAGGGGGACAAGGUCCAGUCAUUCACAGUCCAUUCACUACAGGACAUAGAGGAGGAGGGGAAUGAAGUGUUUUCUAUUGGAAUCGUCUCGGUGAAUAACGGAGCUUCCAUCUCGGAAGCUGAUGCCUUUGCAGCUCUCACAGUGUUGAAGAGUGACAAUGCGAAUGGUCUGUUUGGAUUUCAAACUCCGUGCACCCCAUCACGAACGAGCAACGAGGCCGACAACAUCACGUGUGUGGUUGCUAGGCAACGUGGAGAUGAUGACACUGUGCGUGUAACCUGGGUCAUUGAGAAAUUCACGACUGCAGGAUACGAGACUGCCACGCAGGAUUUUCUUGAUUACACAGGGACGCUUGUGUUCAGUCCUGGUGAAAGAACAAAGACAUUACAGUUCCAAAUCAAAGAUGACGAUAUUCCAGAAGUCGCUGAAACGUUUCGAGUUCUGUUGUCCUCGGCAGCUUCUGAUGACGGCGUCACUGGAACGACAAACACGAGUGGUGCCAGUAUCGACCCCCGGGCGCAGGAGUCUCGUCUGGUGAUCGAGGACACAGACUACCCACAUGGACUGUUACAGUUCACCAAUGCAGUGACACCUCCAAAACCAAGUGAUCCCAUGAUCAGACCGGCUGACACCCCAGUCAAGAUCCGUUCCAGUGAGGAAGCUGGGAUUGUGCCUCUGUAUAUUAUAUGUAUUCACUAUUUCAGAUCCAUGCCAGUGAGGAGAAUUCGUGCCAGUGAGGAGGCUGGGAUUGUGUCUCUGCUGGUUGUGCGAGCCCAGGGUUUGCUGGGCCAGGUGUCGGUGGAGUGGAGGACAGAGGAUGGGACAGCUAAGAGUGAAGGGAGGAAGAUUCCCCCCGAUUAUGUGGGUGCAGCGUCUAGUCUGGUGUUUGCUGAUGGACAGAGAUUCGCGUUCAUCAACAUCACUCUGAUCAACAACAACAUCCCCGAGCCCGACAAGACCUUCACUGUUCAGCUGGCCAACCCGCGGUUCGGAGCCGCCGUUGGACUCGGUUCCCGGGCAACCAUAACCAUAGACGCCUCUGACGGUGCGUAUGGAAUAUACCAGUUUGCAGAAAGUGCCUUGAAUACAAGCGCCCAGGAAACCGGAGAUGUCGGGUACAACCCUGCCAAGAUAGAGGUUGUGAGGUUGGGUGGUACGAUCGGCAAGGCCCAGGUGACAUGGCAGGUUGUUGGCGAUGAUGGUAAUGAUGUUGUUGAUCUCACGGGUAACAUUACCUUCAUGUCGGGACAGACCAUCGGCUACGCUGAGAUCCGUAUCCGUGGUGACACAGAGCCAGAACUCGAUGAAAUUGUGUCUGUCGUUCUCACAGCCACAACUGAGGGUGAGCUUGGUCCAGCUGCAAAGCUGACGUCUACUGUGACAAUUCAAGCCAAUGAUGAUCCGUAUGGAAUAUUUGUGAUUCCCAACACACAACGUCCAGUCACAGUAGAGGAACGCACUGCUGACACCAUGAUCACUGUUCAGCGACUGUAUGGCAAAUACGGUACUGUGGAUGUUUCGUACAACACCUUGCUACCAGACAGAUCCUACAACUUCCUCCCCAGCCCUGUUAAGUGGGCCAACAGCACGACAGACUUCAAACCUGCUAAAGGGACCAUUCGCUUCCUGCCCAACCAGGAGUACGUGUCAUUUCCUGUCAGCAUCCUUGACGAUGUCGAACCAGAACAGGCAGAGUCCAUAUUUGUUGCGCUCACAAAUGUUAAUCUCAUUCAAGGAAGUCAGGACAGACCAGUCACUGGAUCUCCAAGGCUUGGCUUUGCCUCAGAGAACUACGCCCAGAUCAUUAUCGUGAUGAACGAUGAUGCCAGUGGUGUGAUAGAGCUGUCAGCCUCUGCUGUUGAGACUGAGGAAAGCAAUCCUGUUUUGAAUCUGAGAGUGAUUCGGAAAGGAGGAGCAUACGGAGAGGUGACAGUUGUUUUCCGGACUAUAGACUCCAAUGGACAAGCUCAGAGUAUGCUGGACUAUGUGGUGACCUCCACCGAGAUUAUUCUCAGCGAUGGAGAAACCAGCAAACAGAUUCCAAUCAGCAUCAUUGACGACGCAAUCCCUGAACUACGGGAGACGUUUGUCGUGGAAUUGCUAGAUCAGAUUGUAGGUGGCGCCACUCUUGGUGCUAACCGCAGGGCGACAGUCACCAUACUGCCAUCGGAUGAUCCAAAUGGGGCUUUUGAGUUUGCUACCACAGACAUGAGUGUACAGGAACCGGAGGGCAGUCAGCCGUACUCUGUCAACAUCACUAACACAAUGUGCUGGGAGUUUGCUACCACAGACAUGAGUGUACAGGAACCGGAGGGCAGUCAGCCGUACUCUGUCAACAUCACCGUUGUGCGGAAGGGAGGCUCGAUGGGCGUGGUCACCCUGAACUGGGAGGCGAGGCUCAAAGGUGAGCUGGCCACUGAAGACAUAAAUCCAACAUCUGGAAUUCUCCAUUUUGUCAGUAAUGAAGGUAGCAGACGCAUAACGGUAGCCAUCUUGCCAGAUAAUAUUCCUGAGGGACAAGAGAAUAUAGAAUUUGUUUUGACUGGUGUCGAUAAUGGUGGCAGAAUUGGCAAGAAGAACAAGUUUAUUCUAAUCAUAGCACCAAAUGACAACCCUCACGGCAUUCUGAUGUUUGCCAAUUCCACCUUCACUGUACAGGAGAAUCCCGGAAACCUGCCGCAGUAUAUCCAGGUGGACAGACAAGGUGGAACAUAUGGAAAACUAAGGGUGUACUUUUCAACCAACCAGAUACCUCUUGCUUCCUUGGCAACAGGGAAUGGAGGUACUGCAGUUGGUUACUAUGGAAGUGUUAUUCAGGGCAAACGAAGUCGUUCUGCAGGGACUGUGGUGGAUAUUGCUUCACAAACUAAUAAAGCUGAGGCCUGUGCUGCAGAAUGCUUAAACUCUUUGUCAUGUCGCUCAUUUGUGUUGACUAGUAUCGUGAAUGGAAUGACCUGCACUAUGUUUCCUCGAGCCUUUUCACCGGGGGAUUUAGAAAGUGAUGUCAACUCUCAAUACUAUGCAAAAGACAUGGAGAAGACAAACAAUCUGAAAAAAAAUCGGGCUACUUCUGGUCAGGAUUUUGAGACGGUGAAUGAAGGCUCUUUCUUGAUGGACGAUGGUGCCAGUAAAGGCAGCCUGCCUCUGGUCAUUCUCGAUGACUCUACACCUGAAGUUAAAGAAAAAUUCCUCGUCACUCUGAAGCGAGUCGUGGUGGAUGACCCGGCAAUUGCGACCAGUCAGAAACCUCAGCUUGGAGAUGUGGUUACGGCAACGGUUACCAUAGCGAGCAGUGACAGUGCAAAUGGCAUGUUUCGGAUUGUCAGCAACAGUCCAUCAGCUUCUGGAGAUAUGGUUCUGGUGGAGGAGAAGAACCAACUGGCUGUUGAUUUAGUUGUGGAAAGAACAGGAGGAACUAUUGGUGAGGUGUCAGUGGAUUGGGCUGUCAGUGGCACGCAGGGUGCUACCUAUGGUCUAGAUUUUAUAGCUGAUGGUGCGACCUUGACCUUUGCAGCUGGCCAGUCGAGAAGGGUCAUAACAGUGACAGUGCUGGAUGACACUAAGCCAGAAGACAAUGAGACGAUCACCAUUCAGCUAUCCAACCCACAAGGUGGUGCCACCAUCGGGCCAAAUUCAAAUCUGACUGUUGUUAUUCUCGAGAACGAUAACGUAGCAGGGGUGCUAGCAUUUGAUUCAACUGCAUACCUAGCUAAUGAAGGAGACAAGCUGUCUAUCCGAGUGACGCGCACGGCCCCGGCUCACGGCCAGGUAACGGUAGACUGGAGAAUCGCCGGCGUACGAGGCACAGACCCUACCACGGGAUUCAGAGAGUCUUCUGGCAUGUUCAUCUUCUUCCCGGGUGAGCUCUUCAAACUGAUAGGGUUGGAGGUUUUGCUGGACGAUACUCCAGAGGUGAAUGAGGAAUACCAGAUUGUGCUUCAGAACGUCACCACAUCAGGAAUUGGCAGCACAGGAGCUGCAGUUGUUAACCCCCAAAAGGGCACAGCUCUGAUAACAAUAGGGGGCAGUGACAACCCCCACGGAGUGAUCCAGUUUGCAGUGGCAUCCACGUCUGUGAGAGUGGAGGAAGAUGUGGGACGAGUCAGUCUCCAAGUGGACAGAAAGUUUGGAGCAAUCGGAACUGUUCGAGUUUCAUAUAUCAUGACUCGAGGAUCAAUAACAGCCUUAUCGCGAGACAUCCUUCAGGAGGCGUUGCCAGGUUCUGACUUCAUUGUCAACAAUGGCCACAUUGACCUGGUAGGUGGGCAGUCAUCGGGGGCGAUCUCUGUGGACAUUGUGAACGAUGACCUGCCAGAGAUCGACGAGGUGUUUCUCGUCAAGUUGACUCAAGUGGAGUUGAUUGGCCUUGGGGACAAGGAUCUGCCUCCCCGUCUGGCCAGUUCGGGAGUCAUAGCCGAGAUCAUAAUCGGAGCUAACGAUGGAGCGAAAGGGGUGUUCGUAUUCAGGUCUGACUCAAGAAGGAUGACUGUGAAUGAAAUGAACAUCAACAUCUCCCUGGGGAUUAUUAGAGAGGGUGGACUGUAUGGCAAUGUUUCUGUCUUCUACUACGCCCAGGGUAUCACAGAGGGCGCCGUUCUAGGAACAGACUACUCUGUUCAACCAACAGAGCUGCUGUUUGCAGCAGGAGAGCGUCACAAAGACAUUGUUGUGAGAAUCAUCGAUGAUGAGAUACCAGAGGGAAAUGAAACCUUUGAGAUCAUUCUCACUAACCCUCGGAACGGGGCUGAGCUCGGGAAGGAAUCAAAAGCUCAGAUAACCAUAUCAGCCAACGAUGAUUCUGGAGGGUUUGUCAGUUUCGACUCGAGCAAUGAAAUCAUAUUGUACGAGUCUGACAAAGGUGAUGACUCGAGGAGCAAGGCAGCACUCACCCUAACUCGUGGUCCAGGGGUGUACGGUGCCGUGUCAGUCGAGUUUGUGAUCAUUGCCAGCGACGACGCACCGGUCACUGAUCUGACACCCAGUACAGGAACCGUAACCAUAGGCAAUGGCCAGUCCACUGGUGUUCUGGAGAUAACCGUUGUUGAUGAUGAUAUCCCUGAGGACAUUGAGACAUUCUCCAUCAUCCUACGACGUCCAGUCGGCUGCCAGCUGGGACAGAUCAAACGGCGAGUGAUCACGGUGGGAUCGAGUGAUUCUCCUAACGGAAUGUUCGAGAUAUUUGUCGCCAACACAAGAAAUUCUUCCAUAUCUGUGGAAGAAAGUGUUGGACUCAUCAAGUUUGAUGUUGUCAGAAGUAAGGGGUCCAGUAAACAAGUCACCAUUGAUGUAGUCAUGGUUACUGAAUCUGUCCCAGUUUCACCAGGUAAAAAGGAGUUGACUCUAGCCACUCUGCAGAAUCUACCAGGAAAGAAAGUCAGUGCUUGGCACAGUAUGGAGGUUAAUGGAGUUACCUACCUUUUGAUGCUGACAUCACUUCCUGCCAACACUUCACUGAAGUCUAUUACACCCAAUAACCUGGAUGGAAAUGGACAAUCUCUCAUGCUUCGCUGGCAGGGGGAAAUAACUCUAAUUCAGACUGUGAACACAAAUGGAGCAAGUGCUGCUGACUCCAUCUCACUAGGGGGCGCUGACUACCUAGUUAUAGCCAAUGGUGGCACUGAAGGGUCACGCAAUGUUAAUUCAGUCUUGUACACCAUCAAAGCUGGAGGAAUGCUCAAAGAGAAGCAGACGUUCAGCACAAAAGGAGCCAGUGAUGUGAAGUUCUUUUCUCAGAACGCGCAGAGUUUCCUCCUCUUUGUGAACUCUCUGGACGACACGAGCAAGUCGGACCUGUCUCUGGAUAUCUACAUCUGGGAGGGCGGUCUGAGUCGGUUCAGUUCGUCGACGUGGCAGACGAUCACGUCGCUGUACCCGCGAGCCGUGGUCUUGUUCCACAUUGACAAUGUCCUUUUCAUGGCCGUCGCCAACUACUAUGACUGGACAACAAGUGCUUAUGAAACAAGCUCCAUCAUCUACAAGCUGGAAGCGAACUACUUCUUCUCACAGCACCAGCGUAUUUCAACGACCGGAGCUGUCGACGUGCAGCACCUGUCUAUUGGUGACCUUCACCUGGUGGUGUAUGGCAACAACCGUCAGAAUGUGAUCAGCAGUCCCCAGACGUCCCAGAUCUACCGGUGGGACCCAACCACACAGCUGUUCCUCCUCUACCAGGAGAUUCCAACCAACCGCGUCCAGGCGGUGCACACAUUUACACACGCUAGUGGUGCAGUGUAUCUUGUCUUUGCGAAUGGAAUUGGUAAGUCAGAAAUCUUUGAGUGGAAUGUUGAGAAGAAGAGGUUUUUAUUGGUCUGGAGUGGAGACCCGGCCCUUCAGCUUUAUCCAAUCACAAUUCGUCAGGCUUCUGGAGAUUUAAAUCUAUUGGCUGCAGCAGAUGUCAAUCCAGACAGAAAUCCAACAGUUUACCAAGUUGCCAAGGUUUCAAAAUCAAACAUCUUCAUGCCCAGAACUCUCACACUGACCUUUGACCCAGAUCAGAUGAUGUUGCAAGCUUCAGCCUAUGUGUUUCAAGAUGACAUCCCAGAGGAUACACAGACUUUCAAAGUUGCCCUAUCAAAUUCAUCUGGUGGAGCCGAGAUUGGCCAAUCAGGAGCCGUGACUGUCAGUGUCUUGUCCAAUGACAACGCUCAUGGCAUCAUUGAAUUUGCUCCUGAUUCUCUGAAUGUGCUAGCUGAGGAGCUUGUGGGACGGGACAACACCAUUCAGCUGAACGUGUUACGACAGAAGGGAUACUUCGGUCGCGUGGUGGUCAGCUGGGUGGCGUCGGGGGAUAACGAUGGCUUCAACGACAUCACGCCAGUCAGUGGCAGGGUUGAGUUUGCCAAUGGACAGGCGGUCUCUACGAUCAGUUUGACCAUACGAGAUGACGAUGUGGCAGAGUUUGCAGAAGUGACCUUCAUACAGCUUGUAGAGGUCAUCGAGAAAGGCACUGAUCUGCCUGGAAGAGGAGCGGUCAUUGGUACAAACGCUGCCAGCAAGGUGACGGUACUGGCCAAUGACUCCCCGCAUGGAGUGGUAUCCUGGGAGAAGGCCCUGGUCUCCACGAAGGAACCGAUCGGGACGGACCUGCCCGUGACGCUCUACAUUGUCCGGGAACAAGGGGGCAAAGGACAGCUGCAGAUCUCCUUCGUUACCUCGCGAGCUGUAGGUCUGCCAUCUCACCAGCAGGCGACCUCUGGUGAGGAUUACGUCUCUCGACAGGGCACAGUGAUAAUGGAGGACAGCGCAACACGGACACCAGUCGAGAUUGUUAUCAAACAUGAUGACAUUCCUGAAGCGACAGAGAGUUUCUUUGUGAACAUUACUGAUGUCGAGGUGACUGGUAACCCUAGCAACAAUAGCGCCAAACCCAGCGUCCGUAUUCCUGGCAAUGUGGCUAAAAUACAGAUAGAGGAGAAUGACAAUGCUAGAGGCUUGGUGCAGUUCAACGUCAAGACGAAUACAGAAGGUCGUUUUGACACAUAUGAACAGUAUGGCUACAACCAGACGAUCCACCUCCCCAUUAGUCGUUCGGUUGGUCUCUUCGGUUCCAUAACAAUCACUUGGCAAGCCGAGCCGGUGGACGCAAAUAUCUUGGAUUUUUUCCCGUCCAGUGGGACCGUAACCAUGGCAUCGGGACAGAAGGAUGCGGAAAUAGCGAUAACGAUAAUUGAUGACACCCAGCAAGAAAAUAUGGAAACAUUUAAGGUAAAGCUGAUAAGUGUGAAUGGUGGAGCAUCGCUCGGACCAGCCAGCUCUGUUACGGUGGCCAUCUUGAAAAACGACUCACCGACGGGACUGUUCCAGUUCAAAACACAAAAGGUUGUUACGAAGGAGUCUACAAGCCCGACCGACCCUCAAGGGCGGGCUACUCUGAUUGUGGAGAGAAUCCAGGGCUCGGAGGGUCUGGUGCAUGUUCAGUGGAGACUGAACGCCGAGGCCCGCACUGACUUCCUCGAUCCGCUCUAUGGAACUCUCCAGUUUCGUCAGGGAGAGCUUGAACAGAGUAUCACCGUACAAACAAAGCCCGACUCGACCCUGGAAGGUGAAGAGACGUUCACAGUGUCCCUCACAUCGGCCGACAACAAUGCUGACAUCUCGCCAACGAAACGUGACGCCACCAUUGUCAUCCUGCCCAACUCUGGCGCCAGCGGCUUGGUCUCGGUGGAGGAGGACUCCCGACUGGUGUAUAUCGGAGAACCGGGGGAGUCCAGCCCCUCGUACAAGGGGGAGGCUCAAAUCGUGAUCAGCCGCGGAGCCGGGAUAUUCGGUGACAUCAGCGUCACGUGGUCGAUAACCCCGUAUGAGCAGCAGGCGUUUCUACAGCUUGAGGGCACCGUACGAUUUGUCGACCUACAACAGAAAGCAACCAUUGUUAUUGCAGCGAAGGAUGACACGGUGCCGGAACUGAGGAAGAUGUACACCCUGCAGAUCAACUCGGCCGCUGGAGGGGCCACAGUGACCCCUGACCCCCUGGCGACUAGAGCGAACAUUAUCUUUGUGGCUAGUGACUUCCCACACGGGCGGUUUGAGUUCGGAGGAUCACAGAUGAUAUCAACUGGUGAAGAUUCCUCUGCAGUGACAGUUGAAGUAGUGAGACGAGAUGGCAGCAGUGGUCAGGUGCGAGUUCAGUACACCACGACGUCAGGCACCGCUAUUGCUAAUGAAGACUUCUUCGAGACCGCGGGGACCCUGAUGUUUGAGAACGGCAUGAACAGUCAGAACAUUGGUGUGACGAUCCGACCAGACGACAAACCGGAAGGAGCGGAAUAUUUCUACGUCAACCUGACUGCUGUGGAGCUUGUGUAUCCGACCACAAAUGACUACACCAAACACAAUGGUCUACAGCUGGACAUGCGACCGGCACUGGGGGCGGCUGUGACCAAGGUGGUCGUCAUAACACAGAACGAUAACGCGGCAGGAAUCAUCGAGUUUGAUGAAGCGGCCAAACAGUUUGUUGUGAAGGAAGAGGAAGGCAUGGCGCGGGUCCCCGUGAUCAGAAGGGGAGGUAACUAUGGGCAGGUGGGAGUUAAGUUUUCCAUCCAGCCACUAACAGCCACUGUAGACGACGACUUCAUUGGGUCUAGUGGUGAGCUCAUCAUUGCAGAUGGGAGGAGAACUGAAACAAUUAACGUCACUAUCAAAGAUGAUACAGAAAUGGAAUUCGCUGAAACAUUCAAAAUAACACUUUUGGAAGCAACUGGUGGUGCCUUACUGGGUGGAUCCCGAACAUCCACAGUAACAAUAGCGAAGUCAGAUUUCCCAAAUGGUCAGUUUGGAUUCCUUGGUCAACUUGACUUGGUGAUGGCAAAUCCAUCAAAUGCAGUGACACAGAUGUUCGCCAUUCAAAGAACUGGGGGACUACUUGGACAACAAACAGUUUAUUGGAGAAUCAUGGGUCCCAACAACCCGGCCAUCGUUCUCGAGGAUACGGGAGAUCUGAGUUAUAACAACAACGGCGUAGAGGUGACGUCAGGCACGUUGGUUUGGGCGGACAGUGAGGCUGGCCAGAAGAAGUUCGUCAUCAACAUCAAACCGUACUCAAGCUGGGAGAUCGAGAAGCACUUCAUACUCGAGAUAUUUAAGAUCGAGGCCAACCCUCUCUCGGCAGAGGCUGGUGAAGUCAGCGAGACACGGGGAAAAGUUACUUUAAAAAUUCAAAAGUUUGGUGAUCCUAAUGGUAUUGUCCAGUUCAACAUGGCUGCGCAGACUGUAAGGGAAGUGGAGGAACCCAAUUCUGGAACUCUUGAUCUCGUUUUUCCCAUUACUAGAAAGGCGGGAACAGGAAUUGUGGGAAAUAUUCAGAUAUUCUGGGAGGUGCGCGGCCCCACAGGUUUAGCCCCAGAUGUGCAGCCUCAAAAUGGCUCCACGUUCCUGGCCAAUGAGCGGCGAUCAGGACAGAUAACUCUGAAGAUUUUGUCGGAUGACGUUCCCGAGCUGACGGAAAGUUUUACAUUGGCCAUGACGCGGGUCAAGGGCGGAGCUGAGCUAGACACGGAGUUCAGGAGCUCCAGUUUCAAAAUCAGGUAUAAUGAUAAUCCACAUGGAAUGUUUGGCGUGCGCUCUGAGGAUCAGAGUAUUGUCGUAGAUCCAGCCGAUCUGACCAGACGCAUACAGCUGAACUUCACACGCCAUGACGGGGCCUUUGGCAGCACCAUUCUUACUUACACCGUCAACUAUAACAAGCCACUAUCUGGAAUAAUUUUGAAAAAAAACACUGGUACCGUACAGUUCAACCAAGGAAACACGAACAGCAUUAAGAUGGUUGAUAUUCAGGGGAAUGGAUUUCUCGAACUUGGUUCAACCUUCAUGGUGUCACUGCAAGGAGUACAGUACCUAGGAAAUGGAGUGACAGAGCCCCCGAGGCUGAAAGCUGGUGAAACAGAGGCUCUGAUCCCUGUACCAGCUCUUGCAGCGAACAGCAAGGUCGGGUUCAAGGACACAGUGGUUAGUGUUAACGAAGACUCCAACAUGGUGACUCUGGAUUUAAUAAGGUUUGGCACGUAUGGGAGUAUAAAUGUUGACUGGAUUUCGGGAGUUGAAGACACCAAGCUUCCCUCAGGUGUCCGCAACGGCAUCAUUACACCAACCUUGGGAACAGUCAGCAUGCCACACGGUGUGGAAACCAAACAGUUUACUGUCCAGGUCAAUCCAAAGUCCAACCAGCUUGAAAAGUUUACCAUUCGGCUGCCUGGUUCCCCCAAGACUUCAGUGAAUGGAGGUACCCAGCUAUUAGUUGAUCAGAAAGAGGCUGACAUUGAACCGUAUGGAUUGGUCCAGUUUGCUGCAGAGUCAUUAAAACCUACUGUGUCUGAACUAAAGGACAAGGUUUUACUGACCGUGAUUCGAUUGUAUGGUUCUGUCAGCAAGCUAGAAAUAAGAUACGAAACAGAGGCUGACACCGCCCAGGCUGACCUUGACUUCAAGGACAUCAAGUCCGGACUGAUCAGUAUGAACCCAGGACAGAUGACGGCCACAAUCAGUGUACAGAUCUUCCAAGACAAUCAGCCAGAAACUGGUGAGAAAUUCAAGGUGAAACUGCUCGGUGUUGAAAAGUUCCCAACCUCAGCCCAGCCCAGUGUGUCUCCAAGACUCAGUUCCAGAUAUGCUGUUUCCACGGUUACCAUCAAGGAAAGCAAUGACCCAAAUGGCAUUCUGUCCAUAGAACCCACCACAACGAGCGUUGCUGAAGAGUAUACGCGUGUCGUGCUCAAAGUCGUGAGAACAGGAGGUCCCAUUGGUAUUGUGAGUGUCAGGGUGCGGACAGUGGGUGGUGGAGAGAGCUGGACAUCGACGAUUGUGCCAAACACUGGGGUACUGUCCAACGACACCAUCAGUGACAUCAUGGGUCAGAAAAACAAACUGAACAUUGCCACGGGCGGACGUGAUUACGAGGUCCUCGACACCACAAUAACGUUUCAGCCUAAUGAAAAUGAGAAGCCGGUGUCUGUGACGAUCCUUGAUGACAACAUACCAGAAGGUGCCAUGUCAGUGAUUGUCUACCUUACCGAGCCACAAGGGGGUGCUAGAGUAGCUGAAGGAACUCCAGAUGCAGGGAAGAAGGGAUAUUCUGUUAUUACAAUCCAACCAAGUGAUCUAUCGAAUGGUUUGAUUGGUUUCUCUGAUGACUCCAAGAGUGUAACAGCCAAUGAGGAUCAAUCUCCUGUCAUUACUCUGACCCUGAAUAGACUAAACUCUUUUAUUGGAGAAGUUCAGGUGUACUGGAAGGCGAAGAAGUCCAAGACCAGCACUAACCAAGAGGAUGUAGAGUUACCUCACCAGUUAGUUGCGACUACAGGUGUCGCCACCUGUCCUGCCAAACAGAGCACGUGUUCACUGACUGUCGAACUUGUUAAUGAUCAGGAGCCAGAAGAAGGCUGGAUUUUUGUCAUCAAGUUGUUACGGGCGGAAGUCGACGCAAAGAUUAACGAGAACAACCAGUUUGCUGUAAUUAACGUUGAACCGAGUGACUACAUUAGAGGUCUGCUCCAGUUUACAACUGACUCAAGAACAAUGGUAGUUGGUGAAAAUGCAAAGAGCGUAAGACUAAUGGUGGAACGUGUCAAAGGUCAAGGUUAUGAUGUUGAGGUCUUGUACAACACUUUGCAGAUGACUUCACAAACAACUGUUUCUGGGUUAAAGAUCUACCCGGCUUUAGAAGGGUCAGACUUUACAAGACAGACUGGCAAACUAGUCUUCCAGCAAAACACACAGGGAGUUCAGUUCAUUGACUUAACCUUGACUCCAGUUCUGGCUUCUAAUAAUCCUCUUCCAAAACAGUUUUCUGUGCUUCUGAAGAAUCCUACUAAUGGAGCCAGCAUUCAUCCAGAAUUUGCCAGAGCUCAUGUUAGAAUAGUGAAAAAUGAAUACCUACUCCUGUGGAAGGCAAUAGUUGAACAACAAACUGCACCGUUAACUAACGUUAACAUACAGAAGACUGUCAAUCAAUUCGAAGAGAUUGUAAAGGAUGACCUUGAUGAUAAUGAUGUGACCUUGAUAGAAAACACAUUAAAAAGGAUUAUUAACGAAGGGAAGAAAAGAAAACUGCCGCCCGAGGUUUUUAAGUCAGUUGUGAGCCUGUUCUGUAAAUUGCUGGACCCGGGGAAGAACGAUGCGACACAAGGUCGAUCCUCACUGGCGCUGAUUCUGGAGGAAUUCGCGUACACAUUUCUGACCAAUGCCGAGUGUCCCACGCCUAACCCACCCGAUGUAGUGAGUCAACAGUGCACACAUGUGAAGGUAUCUGCAGGUCGUUGGCCAAUGGAAAAUAUAGAAGGCUUCAACUAUGCAGCUCAGCGACAGGAUAAGCUAGUUUUGCCAGCCACUAUUCCACAGACAUCAACUGGUGCCAAUGGGUGUCACGACUUCCACAUGAUAGAGUAUAACAGUGACCAGUGGUUCCGGACUGAGGGUGGCCAGCAACUGCUCAGUGGACGGGUGAUUUCAUUUGGAAUCAAAGGGAGACAAUCUGGUUACAUCGACACUCCAAUAAUGUUUCGUAUUCACAGUCCAGAUAGACGUGUGGCAACCAGAAGAGCUCAGUGUGUAUAUUUUGACAUGGCCAUCAAACAAUGGGUGGGGCCUGAAAAAAUCUGCCAAGUGACCAACAACCUUGAACUUGGCACAGACGACUUUGUUGACUGUUCCUGCAAUCACAUGACGAGUUAUGCUAUUGUUGCCAAGACGAGUGAAGUGGGGCUGGUUGGAUACACUCUCUGGUUCUACAUUGCCUGUUUUAUAUGCAUUGGUUGUAUGUUCGUGACGAUUCUCGUUCACCAUGCGUGUGUGACUCGGGCCACUAUCUCAGCUUGUCUCAUCAUGCACAUGUGUUUUGCUGCCAUGGCAACACAGGUGUGUCUUGUGGUGGCUGCGUACCUGAGUCCGUCGGAGAUUCUAGUGUACAACAACACUGAUGACAACUACCGCUGCAUCGUGAUGGGCAUAUUCAUGCACUACUUCUUUCUAACACAGUUUACCUGGAUAGUAACACAGUCGUAUAAUUUCUGGAAGCUCUUAGUGAUGAAUGAUGAACAUACAGACAGGAAAUAUGUGAUAUUCUUUGUCUUAGGUUGGGGUCUCCCACUGCUACUGGUUGCUGUGUUCUAUGCCAUUGUUUACAACGUCUACAAGUUUGUCUAUGACUUGCCGGUGGCGUUUAUAUACGGAGAUGUGAAUAAUAACUCAGAAAUGUGUUUCAUCACCAACGCAUAUUCCGUUCUCGGGGGGAUCAUCAUUCCUGUCCUGCUGAUGUUGACGGUGACUGGAGUUAUCUUUGUGAAAGCGUUUCAGAUUCUGCCAGGCUGGCAGGCUUAUGAUGACAUCUACAGAGGCAGAUACAACUAUAACGAGGUGCGCCUAACUCUGUUGUUCUGGCUGGUGAUCAUUCUAACCUGGCUGUGGGGAGGGCUCCACAUGGUGUAUGGACAACUCUGGAUGCUCAUUUUGUUCUGUAUAUUUAACAUACUACAGGGUUUGCUGGCGCUGAUCCUGUAUGGUAUUAUUCGCAAUCCGCUGCUGGCCUGUGUGUUUGGGCCCAAGAACGCCAGUUACGCUGUAAGCUCCGAUUUUGAUAACUUCUUUCCAACCACGAGUAAUAACUUCCACUUCCAGGCAUCACAAGGGUCCAACGAUACUCCAAAAGGAUCGAGAGCCUCGCUUCUCAACGAAAGUUGGGAGCGAGACUCUGUGGGUCAGCACAGUCAGAUGACCGUGAAGCGCGCUCUCCCGUCACAAGUGUACAUCGACCCACCAGUGGCGUACAUCACACCGCCGUCGCACAAUGAUGUCGACGACAAAGACUUUGACGAGAUUCUCUAUGCUCUGAAAGCGGGAGGAAGCUUCGCUCCCAGCGAGGUUUCUCAUAACGUUGAUGAUGACAAUUUGUCGGAGCUCUCUGUUCGUUUGGAGGGAUUUCAAACAAAGAAAAUAGAAAUUACAGACACUCAUUUGUAGUGUUUAUUCUGGGAUUUAAAAAUCCACAUUUUCGAUGUCAUUCAGUAUGCAAUUUUCACAAAGACUACUACUUACUUUUUAUUGACAUAACAUAAUGCAUUUGUAUCAAGUCAUUUGAUGAUUUAAUUUUUAUACUUGUCACUUGCCAACAUUUUUAUUAGCCAUACCCAUAAGCAUGGGUGGAGGGUAGGGGUUCAUGACAGAGUAACCCACUAACCUUCUAUUUGCAGACUUAAAGUUCUGUCAGUUUUGGAGUCUUCUGAGAUUGUGUGAUGUAUAUUAUUAAACAUUAUAUUUAGAAUGCAGAGAUGGAUAUUGUUUUAUCAUUUAUUUUUUGUUAAUGUUUAUUUAGCCUAAUACUUAAUUCUGUGUAUUAGUAAACGUUUUUGCCGAUACUUGCCGAAGGCGGUACAAUUCAUCAGUAAGCUGUAGUUUUACCUUCUAAGAUGACCUAUUUUGCAAACCAGUAUGGUUGUCAUGUAUAUAGUUUGUCAUUCUCAAAGAAUUGUGCUAUUUUAUUUGCAGUUCAAAUCAUUGCUUAAACAGUUUUAUUAUAUCUUGUAAGUAUGCAUCAAUGUUCUUGUCAUUUGUAUUUUGGAAAAUCAUCAUUACCAUUAAAUAGGGAAUUUGCAUUCCUUAAUAUUUGGGGGGGGGGGGGGGAAAUCUAAUUUAGUGCCAGGGUCCUCGUCCAAGAUGCAGUGGGGCAUAGGAUCAAUUGCACUUGGUGGACCAAAUCUUUUACCCCCAUCCCAACCAGUAUUCCACAACUGGUAUAUCAAAGGUUGUGGUAUGUGCUGUCCUGUCUGUGGGAACGUGCAUAUAAAAGGUCUCUUGCUGUUAUUCGGUAGCAGCCUAUAUAUCAUGUUUCCUCUCACAAACUAGCACAAGUAUCGAAUAACUGUUGCAUACCAAGUAACUAAUUGAAAAUAUGCCGAGGUGUUGGUGAAUAAACAUUCCUUUUCUUUCCUUUCAUUAAAGUUAAAUGUCUGUAUCUUUAGAAAAGUUCAUCACUACCACUAAUUUCAUGACCAAUUCAGGACAGAUUUCAUUGUCAAUAAUAAUAGUCCAUAACUAUUACUAAAACAUUCAUGACUAUCACUAAGAAAGGUUUAGGACUCGCCAAGAAAGGUUCAUGACUCGCUAAGAAAGGUUCCAGAGUAAUCGCUAAAAACUAUCAUUAAGAAAGGUUCAUGACUCACUAAGAAACAUUUACGACUAUCACUAAGAAAGGUUUACAACUCAUCAAGAAAGGUUUACGACUCGCAAAGAAAGGUUCAAGACUAUCACAAAGAAAGAUUCCUGACUAAUCGCUAAAAACUAUCAUUAAGAAAGGUUCAUGACUAUCACUAAAAAAGGUUUACGACUGUCUCCAGAUCAUUUCUUUGUCUGUAGUCUGAAUUAUUCAUAAUAGUUAAUAUCAGUUUGAAAAACAUUUAUGUCUGUUAGAUUAGUUCAUGUCAAUGAACAUGGGGCCACAGUUGUUUUACAAAUUAUGUCAAAAUCAUGCUCAUGUAACCCACCCACACACAAACACAUGUACAUUAUCAUUUCCCCAAGUAUUCUUUUAAUGAAUUUAUCAACUAAAUACUCCAUGUAUGAAUACGUUUUCAGUACCAAAAUUUAUGAGUCUAUACACUAUUGGUAUGCAUGUUGAUAAAUACAUUAUUGUAUAUACUAUAGGCACCUACAUGUAUAUAUACGUUAUUGUCAAGUAUAUUUAUAAACAUAUUAUAGUUACGAAUACAUUAUACCACAGCUUGUCCAUUAAUUUAUUGUCUUGUUAAACUUACAUUUUGAGAACUAUUUGGCUCAUUGUGGCCAUACUUCAUGUCUAUGCAAAAAUAUUGUGUUCAGAGUAUUUAAUGUGCGUUUGCUUCCAUUCACCACCAUUUUAUUUUUACCCGUGCAAUAUAUUAAAAUUAUCAUUCUUU